AUGCCAACAUGGAUAAGAAUGCGUUCAACAAGGGUAGACACAAAGGGCAUAUUGGUAACAUCUACCGCAGAUGUGGCUGUAUCUUGUUUAAGCCAGGCACGAUUUACUUCUGACAGUUAUCUUGCAUUGCCUACGACAAAACUGGGUCGAAAGUAUGUGGUUGCAUCUUAUGAAAAAACAAAUUUGGGGAUAAUUUCAACUGAAGACAACACAGUUGUCAGUAUCACACUCAAUGCCGACGGGGUUCUUCGAUACGGUCAAAAGUUAUACAGGAAAGGAAAAAAUAUUGUGUUGAGAUUGAACAGGUUGGAAACAUUUCACAUUGACCACAAUGCAGAUCUUUCUGGGACAAUUAUUGAAGCAAAUAAGGCUAUAGCGGUUCUAUCCGGUGAUAAAUGUGCUAAGGUUAACACUAGGUUUUGCGAUCAUCUCAUCGAAUUCCUUCUUCCCGUCCAGAACUGGGGCACAGAAUUUGUAGUUGCGACAACAGGGCAGAUGAACAAGAAAGCUGGAGACAUUUAUCGUGUGUUUGCUUAUGAAAACGACACUCGUGUUCGCAAUAAAGAUGGAUAUCGUCUGCUACAAUCUGGGCAGUUUACUGAAUAUGAUUUAGGGGAUAAGAUAUUUAGAAACGCGAGGUAUAGAGGUUGA